AUGCCCGCGGCAUAUCGAUAUGCUCGGGCGCAGCACGAACUCUUAGUAGAGGCCCGAGAUAGCCUUGCUAAGGCGCAGCGAAGAAUGAAGAAAUAUGCGAACCGCGGGCGACGAGACGUGCAAUUCGCUGUCGGGGAUCUCGUGUUGUUAAAAGUGAGCCCUAAGGUAUGGAAAAGGAUCUCGGCAAAGGCAGUCCAUCGUGGAUUGAUUCCAAAGUACGAGGGUCCCUUUGAAAUCGUGAGCAAAGUUGGGAAUGUGGCCUAUCGGCUUAAGAUGCCUGACCGGUUGAAGGUACAUCCCACAUUUCAUUUAUCUUACUUGAAGAAGUACCAUCCUGAUUUGAUUGAGGCAAGCCGAAAUGUCUCUACUCGAGCUCCUCUUACGAAUAUGGGCAGUUUUAAAACUGCUCGACGGUUACCUGUCCUAGCGGUGGGGGAUGUCAACCGCAACUUUCCUGCGGGCCUAUAUAAAGGCGUUGAGCUGCACAAUCGCGGGUAA